AUGCUGUUUUUCUUUGCUAAUCCAACAUUAUCUGCUACAGAGCGAGCAAUCCCAUCAUACUGGCUUAACAACUGGGACAAGACAAACCCAGUUAUUGGUUACUGGAGCACAGCUCAAAAAUCUUGGACAGUCGAGCCAUCAAUGCAUCCAGGAAUCAAUCAUCUCAAAGCUUAUGAUGACUUAACACGCGACGUAAUUACAUCUGAUUCAUUUGCUGUUUCAAUUGAUGGACAAAUUUACGGAAAUGAUAUGCUUUUCAAUAAUUCUCACCUCAGUGGUUGUGUACAAGAGGUUGAUGGUGAGUUAUUUACUACAUAUGAUGCAUAUCGAACAGACAAAAUGCCAAUAUCAAUCCGUCGCUCUUUUUAUAUGCCUCCACAUGAAGAAUUUUACUUAGUGAAAUAUACAAUCAAGUCUACUGAUGGCAAUUCCCAUAACAUCAAGCUCCUCGAUUAUGUUAUUUCAGGAAAUGAUGAAAAAUGGACAAAAGGAAGGUGUUCUGGAAAUAGCUGCCUUAUGGAUCGUAAGGAAUCAAACUUAGCUUCAGUUGCUAUCUCAAUCGAUACUAACUACAAACCAUUAAAAUCAGUAGGAAACAGUGAUUUUAAUGAUGACUCAAACCCUCUCAAGUAUUUCGCUGCCAACGGCGUUAUCCAAAAGUUUACAUCAUAUAACCAAGCAUCAGUUUCCUUUGGAGCUGUUUACGAGUUCACAAUUUCACCAUCUAAGGAAACAGUUGUUACUUCGAUCAGAUCUUUCGGUCGUACAACUGUCGAUGCUGUAAACCAUCUAACAAUGGCAACAGUUCUCGGUGUUGACGCAAUAAUCAAGAUGACAAAUGAAAGAUACACUCAAUUCCUUUCACAAGGUGUCCAAACAUCACUUACAGAUGAUGCUCUUGAUUUAUACAAGAAAUCAAUCCUUACUCUUAAAAAUUCCCAAAAUCCGGCGAAAGGAUUAAUUGCUUCAUCAUUACAUCCAAGUUAUGGCUACAAGAACUGGAUGCGUGAUUCCCUGAUGGCCGCCUUCAUGCUUGAUUCAGCUGGAUACCACCAGGAAGCGAAAGAUUUCUUUAAUUGGGUCGAUAACGCUGAAUUAACAAACGGUGGCUUCCAUACAACAUAUGAUACAAUGACAGGUAAUGUUGCUCCUUUUGUUGAGCCACAAUAUGAUUCUGUUGGUUUGUAUUUGGUCGCAUUAAAUUAUCACUUGAAGACAAUUGGUGAUAAAGACUGGGUCAAGAGUAAAAUGACAAGAAUCCGCGAAAUGGAGAAUUUCAUCUUCCAAAAGAACUCAAAUUAUCACAAUUUCCCUCCAUCUGACAGAUCUCCAUGGGAAGAGAGCACCGACCACCAUACAAAAGAGCCUGUUCCACAGCAAUGGUAUUCUUUCGAAAUGGGCUGCCUUUACGGUGGAAUUAGAGCUGCCUACUCAAUUGAGAAGGAAUUUGGAGAUACAACAAGAGCCAGCCAAUGCCAGGAAAGAGCUGAUGAACUAAAGAAAGGAGUUAUGGAGACAUUAUGGGAUUCAGAAACAAAAAGAUUAUAUAGAGGUAUAAGAGAUAACGAUCUUAAAGAUCCUGAUACAAAAGCUGAUUCAGCAUCAAUGACUUGUGUUUUCUUCGGAUUGUUGGAUUCAGAAAACGCCUUAAGUCACUUGAAUUUUAUCAAAUCUAAGUUGACAAAGCUCGAAAGUGGCAUUGCAAGGUACGAGAAUGAUCCUUACUUCUACGACUCCGUUUGGAACCCAUGUGGUGAAGGAACAAUGGAAACACAACAGGCAGAACCAGCUUGGCCAGUCGUAACCGCUUACGUUGCUUGGUCGGAGCAUUUACUCGGUAUUGAUUUCCAAAAGAGACUUGAUUGGAUGGUCAAAUACGCAGCUUUCGGAAAUAUGCCAGUUGGUGAAGGUGUUGACUCAAAGGAUGGAGCUAUGAUUGUUCCUUCUGCACCUGACUGCUUCGAACAUGCUGGUGUUUACGUAUACUCUGUUUUACUCAAGGAAGGAAAAGUCAAAUCUUUAGUUUCUACAUUCUAA